AUGUUUGUACUUAUAUUAUUGUGUGUCAGCAAUGUGUUCAGUUUCUCCAAUGGAAUCGCGUAUGAUUCAUUUACUGGAACUUCUUUGAGCAAGGAUGAAGUUGCGCAACGUAUCAAAGAUAACACAACAUUUUGGUGCAUGACUGAGAUUGCCCCAUGUGACCCUAAAGAAUGGAGACGACUUGAUGGGUCAUGCAAUAAUCUUCGAAAUCCGACCAGAGGGGCUACUCACACGCCUAUUAGCCGGAUGCUACCGGCUUCUUACGACAAAGAUUAUGCACCACGGAAAUCGAAGACUGGUAAAUUGCCACUUGUAAGGAAACUCCGCACGACUUUAUUGUCAGAGGGUCAAGUAUCCGACCAGGUAUUUUCUGUACUGACAUCAACUUACUUAGUCUUCAUCGCAGCUGACAUCUCCAAUUCACAUGACACAGUGAACUACGUAGCGUGGAAGCCACACUGCUGUACUCCAAAAGGCAAGGACGAUCCCAAGUGCGCCCCUCUAGAAGUGCCACAUGAUGACCCGGUCCAUCGCUACUCUGGCAUCCGUUGCUUAAAUCAGACAAAACCGUUGACGUUCCAAGAUUUUGGUUGUCUUAAGAAUAAUACACCUCCUGAACGGAUACAGUCUGCCACGCCCUUGUUUGACUUGUCCCCUGUUUAUGGAUCCUUUUUGGAGAGAUCUCUAGAGGCAAGAAAAUUUGAAGGUGGAUUACUGAAUUAUGACGUAGAAGACGGCAGAAUAUGGCCACCUCGAGACAUUAACGAAACCUGUUUCUUGAACCGAAAACCGAAAGAAACGAGAUGCCAUAAGACACCGUCUCCCGAAGCUAACUCAUUAAUAACUAUCAAUAUGAUGGCUGUAUGGUUUUGGAGAAACCACAAUCAUAUAGCAAAUAAACUGGCUAAGCUGAACCCUUGUUGGGAUGAUGACAAGCUAUUUUACACUGCAAGAGAUAUCAACAUUGCCACUGAAAUGCAAAUAUUGUUAUAUGAACUCCUACCUUUGAUGGCAGGAUAUGAGAAUCUUUUUAAUGAUGGCGUGAUCGUUUACAAUGGCUUCAGAGAUAUCUACAAUGAAGCGAUCAUACCACAGAUUUCAUUGGAGUUCCCAUUAUCAUUGCGGUGGGCACAUACUAUUCAAGAAGGCACUUUGAAACUAUAUAAUCCCCACGGUGAAUACGUGAAAAAGGUGCCCGUAGUCGACCUUUCAAUAAGAACAGGUUACUUGGGAGUAGAUAAUAACAUUGAUUACCUAACUCAAGGGGCGUUUAGACAACCUAGUGGUAAGAUUGGAGACCAUAUUGUUGAUCCUGAUUUGGCUGAAAGAGUUCUAGGAUACGUUCAACCGUCACAAGAUGUGUUUUCAAAUGAUUUGGCGAAAAAUCGUCUCAUGUUUAUGCAACCGUACAUCAAAUACGUAGAACACUUCUAUGGAAAGAAAAUCAAUAGUUUUGCAGACUUAGCUGAAUUCUUUGAACCAGAGACUUUGGAGAAGCUUUCAAAUAUCUAUGAUUCUGUAGAAGACAUAGAUCUUCUAGCAGCUAUGUGGGUAGAGAAGCCAAUACCUGGCGGUCACGUGCCUCGUAUAUUUUACUCCAUAUUCGCAGAACAGUUGCUGCGAACUAUGAAAUCUGACAGACAUUGGUAUGAGAGACCUAACAGACCACAUGCGUUUACUUUUGAGCAACUGCAAGAAAUAAGGAAGAUGACUGUAGCAAGAUUCUUGUGUAACAUUGGUGAUUCUGUAACUCAAAUACAGCCGAGAGCUUUCCACAGAAUUGGACCUGGAAAUGAUCUAGUGAGCUGUGACCUUAUCCCAGACAUGCAGAUAACGGCAUGGAAGGACAACAGUUGCAGUGACAGCUGGAAUUUCCUCAAACCCAAUUAGUAG